AUGGUCUACCUUGACCUUCCUGUUGCGUACAGUCUUCUGUACUCGACAGUGGCAUUCUUCGCAGUGAUUGUCUUUGUGUUGGAAAGUCGCCUCAAGGGGCGUUUCCUCGCAAAUGUGAAGGAGAGUCUCAUGCACCCGAGCGAAGACUUGCUGUCCUCGCGAGGCCAGCACGGUUGGUUCGCGCUCUCCAUCUCUCUCGUCGCCUCUUUCAUGGGCAACUGGGUUCUCUACCUGCCUCCAGAUGUGGGCGCCCAGUACGGCUGGCCGGGUGUAACGGGGUACUCCUUCGCGUGCGGUCUCCCCUAUGUGGUGGUGCUUUGGUUUGCUCCCCUCGUGAAGCGUCUGACGCUCACGGAUGGUUUUUCCGGAACUGACUACCUUCUGUCGCGCUACGGCCGUGCUGUCCAGGUUGGCGCAACCGCUAUCUCGCUUCUUUUCAUGUUUUUUGCGCUGUCUGGGGAGCUGACUACCGUAGGCAUCACCAUGAACGCAGUCACGAAAGGUGCAUUCCCCGUGUUUGCUGCUGUCGUUCCGGUGGCCGUCGUGACGCUCGCGUACACCACCUACGGAGGCUUACGCGCGUCGAUCUUGACCGACGUGUACCAAGGCGUGCUCGUUGUUGGACUCGUCGUGCCCUUGCUAGUCACCGUCUUUGUCACAGCUCGCGACGCGACAGGCGUGGGAUUUCCGGCGCUUGCCUCUCCUGCGGCGUUCCGCGAUUACAUUGCAGGCGCGGUGUUCCUGUUUUCCAUUUGGCCGAGUUUCCUGUUUGAUCAAGGCAUUUGGCAACGCGUCUGGGCGGCCAAGUCCCUCCGGGACGUUCGCAUCGCCUUCGGACUCGCCGGCGUGGUCGCCUUCGCCUGCGUGUUUUUCCUGGGGAUGGUUGGAAUUGCCUGUCGAGAACAGGCGCUGUCUCACGCCCAGGAGCGGAACGAAGGAAACGUGAGCGUCUUUGGGUACCUCGCGGAAACGCUCCCGGCGGGCUGGGUCGGCGUCCUGACUGUGCUGGCUGUCACGUGUGUCGCGUCCUCUGCCGACACGUACCAGACCGCGCUGGCGUCAGUCUUUGCGCAAGAUUUGAUUCGGAGCAAACGGUCGUUCAACUGGGCACGCGUUCUCAUUGUAUUGCUGAACAUUCCCGCGAUCAUCGUCGCCGCGCUCCAACUCGACCUCCUGACUCUCAACAUGACUGCAAAUGUGCUGUGCGUCAUCGCAGUGGGACCGAUGCUCGCCAGUGUGCGGGAAACGACGAAUUCAGUCGGGAUGAUCCUUGGUUUUUCCGUUUCCGUCCUGUGCUUCUUCGUAUGCGGAUGGAUCUCAACUCGCGACUUCCUUCAAGGCAUCGCGUUCAUUGCGCCACUCGACUUCUCCGACACGCCGUACCUCGUGGCUUUCGUCAUUGUGCCCGUCCUGGGUGCCGUCGCGACUAUCGGCACCAGCUGUAUGUACACCUGCGUUCACGAACACUUUUUCGGAGGCUCUCGUGGUUCCGACACUCCUUCCGGGGGUAUCGAAAAGGCGGACGCGCCCACCACAGGACAGGAAAUGCCCUCCAAGUCUCUCUCGCUCACGCUACAGCGAGACGUUCAGCUGGAACACACCGACGACAAGGAAUGGACGCAGAUGGAAAUUUCGGCACCCGAAGGGAAGCAGUAUGAACGGACGUGGUUCAAACAGCGGCCGUACCAGGGCGGCUCUCCCAGUGAACGUAGCGUGAGCGCAGCAGUGCAGCAACUCGCUGCCGCCUCUGCUUUCUGGUUCAUUGAACAGCAAGUCGUACAAAUAUGUGCGCGAAUUUCCUCGAUUUCUGCUACCGAGGCGAAGCACGCGCCGUGUCUGCCGCUCGUGGGAGUAAAAGGCAUCGUCAGCGCAUACCGUAUAAGGUCGAGCCUCCGCGCCCCGGUGUUUGUCUCGCGUCGGCCUGCACAGGGCGAGGAUUCUCCGCCACAGAGGAGACACCUCGCGGCAGAGACAGCGAGGAGCGGCGCAGACAAGCGCGUGGCAGGCCGCGGGCGACGCGCACCCCAAACAGAACAAGAGCCUCGCGGAGGAGGCAGAGCGCUGGGAGCGGAGGCAGCUAAGAGAAAGGCAAACGUGGACUCUGAAAGCAGAGAAGAGACACCUCUUCGGCGUACUGCCCGUGACUGUCGCCUCUCUGAAGGCUCGGCCGCGGGUGUGACGGAGAGACGUGACGAGCCAGCAGAUCUCGCGUCCCUGCGAAGAAGUCGCCGUUUCUCCUGGACCGUUCCGCCGUCGAGCUCGCGCGGUUCUGUCUCCUUUUCGGAAGGCGAGGAAGAAGCGAGCACCCGAGCCGAGGGCGUCAAACGGCCUCGACCCUUUCGCGGCGCGUGGGUGCCUCUUACGCCUGAAUCUUCACCGCCGCCCCCGUCUUCUUCCUCGUGUGCGUCUCCUUCAGUUGCUACCCCGUCUCGGAGGCGUUUCAAUGUGGCUGUGAGCUCCACGGGGAGUUUCCCAGCUCUCUGGCGAAGGGUCGGGAGAGAUGUCGAAGACGGCUUCCGAGAAGUCGACGUUCACGGGCGCCCCUUGAACACGCGCACACUCUCUUCGUUCUUUCUCCCCGUCGAGUCUGCCGAGUCUCAGAGCGCCAGCGAGCGCGCAUGCAGUUCCGUGUCGGCACGGAGCCUUGCUUUCCUCAGUCCAGAUCGACGGCGGUCGCGCGUGCGCGACGGAGACGCAGAGAGAAGACACGGAAACGAUGAACGCGAGGGCGGCGCGCCAGUCGAUCUAGGCUCUGCGGGCGCCCUGGAGACGAACAGCGCAGCCCCUGCCGGGCGCUUGGGGGCUCUGGAGGCUGGGCGAACGGAACUGGAAACUGCUCGAGAGACAGAGGAGGCUGCAAACAGAGAGUCACGUGAAGAGGGUGCAUUUUCGUUUCCGCCCGGUCCAGAGAGAAAGCCCCGUCGCCUUCCUUGGCGACCACGGUCUUUCCAAGAGGCGACAGCGACGAUGGAGACGCGGCUUGGACGCCCGAGGGACGCACUGGGCGAGCGAGGAGACAAGUGCGGAGACAGCCAGGCGGUUCCGGCCAGGACGGGCGAAGCAAGGAGAGGCGGCGGACGCGGAGACCGAAGAAGCGGAGAGUUCAUUUUUUGCUCGCCUCGCGCGGGCGCAGAAACCGACAACGGGCACGCGGACGCGUCUCAAGGUGGAACGCAUGCUGGUCUCUCAGAGGCGAAAGCGGCAGAAACGGAACACAAACAUGACGAAACCCCCUUGCCUCCAGUCGGUCUGUCGCCGCGACACACUGAACAGGAGACAGGAAACGCGCCAGAGACAGGAACCUCUCCUUCUUCCUCUUCUUCCUUUUCUUCCUCUUCUUCCUUUUCUUCCUCUUCUUCAUCAUCUUAUCGGUCUUCCCUGUCUUGGGUUGAUCACAUUCGCAACGCGCUGCGUCAGACGAGCUUUUUGGGGCAUUUUGGCGGUCACACGCCGCCUGUUGAGACCGAAGAUGAAGAGGAGGAGGAAGAUCUGGACGACGCAGAACUUCUUCUUCUUCAGGGUGUGCAUGUCUCGCGAGUGGCCCCGCAUGCUCUCGAGCAGGCGCCCCACGGCGGCGAGCCUCCGAACGUCCUCGCGGCGGUGGAGCCGAGCGGCGAAGCGGAUGUCUCGCUGUCUUCCUUCUUUCUCGGCGACAGGGGGGCGGAAAAGCUCGGCCUCGAGCAGGCGUCUUCCGACUUUUUUGGAUCCCGCCCAGGACGCGAGCGCGCAGCGGCAGGGACGGAAGACACCAUCUUUUUUCCGCGAAAUCCCCUCGCGAAACGCAAACGCGCGCCUCGGGUGCCGGAAGCACCCGUCCACGGCCUCGUGGUUUUCGACUCGGACGAAGCGUGCAGAGCCUUCUCGCGCGUGGCGACGCAGCCGGAAAACCCUGCCGAGCCGCCGGUGUCUCUCGACGGCGCGGCCUUGGCUGCGUCGCCGGAGUCUUCUCGCCACAAGGCGACUGCUCACGGAGACUCAGAGGGGAAGGAGAGAGAGGAGAAAGAGCAGGAAGAGAGAGACAGUGAGGAGAAAGAAGAGCGAGGAGAGUCGAGUUUUUUCCGUGGCAGUCGGAACGGAGGUGUGCUCGGCACACUUCGAGAAGAAAGUGCAGAGGGGAGCCCAGCGGCGCGUUCCGCGGGUCCGGGCGCAGUCUUCUCUCCCAACGAGGGAGAGAACACUGCGGACGGAACUCUGAGCGACGCUGCCUUCUUGGAAGGCGGACCAGAAGAACAGGGCGAAGGCAGGGAGACAGAAGGCAGGGCGAAAGACCGAAGGCGAGUCGGGUCCAUCGCCGAGGUCCGGAGAGUCGGUUUGCCGCGACUGAGCAGCAUCCCACUCGAGGAGUCGCUUUUCAGACACUCGACACACAGUUCCAGCGAAGAGCGAGGAGAGCGCGCGCAUGCAGAGAAGGGAGAUUCUCUUCCUUCGCCGCCCUGUGCGGGUUCUCCCGCAGCGUUCUCUUCUCGCUCUCGGAGUCGAGGCGACGCUUCGCGCAGGGAGGAAGAAGAGAGGAGCGCGGAGGAGAAGGAAGAAGGAGACGCUUGGGGAGGCGAAGGAAGCAGCGACCAGACCGCAGAAGCGACGACGCCGUCUGCGUCUCUUUCUCGCUCUCUGAACUCGUCUCCAACAAAACUCAACAGCCGAUCCCAGCCCUCUCAUCCCCUCUCCACUCCUCUCUCACAUCUGUCUUCAUCUUCUUCCGUUGCUUCUUCCUCUGCCGCAUCCUCUUCUGCGCAUCGAAAGAAGGGCGGGCUCUUGUCUCGAGCGCCGGGGGGCGGAGUGGCGAGUGUCUCUCGAAGCUGGGCGCAUGCGCAGUACAUGAAUUUCCAAGAGAAGCUGGGAGCUUCGUCUCUCCGGCUUCUGAAGGCAAGAUCGUCGCCGAAGGCAGGCGAGCAGCGCGGGGAAAGCGAGGACCCGAGCGACCGUGGCCGUGAAGACAAACGCGAACGGGGGAAAGAGGAGAAGCGAGACUUGAGUCCGAGCUCGGGAAGAGAGAAGAACAAAGAGACAGAGGAGACACCGGCGGCCACCUCUUCGUGGUGGUCCGAUCUUCAGAGAUCUGUAACGGACUUCUUCGGGCCCGUCGCCCUGGGCGACAAAACCAAGUCCACAGAGAAAGCUGGCGCCAGUCGUCGAGCUGAAGGCAACGAGACAAGCGAAUCAAAAAGCGGAGAUGUCCCAGCGGAAGUCGCAGCGGCUCCCUUCCCGCUUCUUCGUUCUCCUCUCGGUUUCUCCUUCAGCCCUGCUGGUCUUCUCGGGCCGUACCACCUGGGAGUUAUGUCUCUCCUCUGCGAGGCGAAUGUGAUCAACCAGUACACUCCCGUCGCGGGCGCUUCGGCCGGCGCUUUAGCUGCCGCCGCCAUCGGCCUGAACUUAUCUGCGUCGACGGUGAUGGCCAGUGUGGAGCUCGUGUGUCGCGAUCUCAUUGAGCGCGGCACGGCCCACCGACUCGGGAAGCGCCUGCGGAAAGAACUGCACAAAUUGAUUCCAGAAGACUGUGCAGAUAUCAUCGCAAACCGACCGGGACGCGUCACCGUCACUUACACCCACGUGUUUCCGUACAUGCAGGGCGAAUUUGUGUCUUCGUUUCUCGGAAAAAGCGACAUGAUCGACUGCCUCAUCGCCAGCUGCAACAUUCCGUUCUACCUCACCAAGUGGCCGACGGUGACGUGCCGAGGCAGACAGUGCGUCGACGGCUUCUUCGCGACAAAGCACAAAGCCUUCGGCUGUCCCGAUAGCGGAGCCCUCCGAGACAUCAAGGUUGUUCCGUUUUAUGCGUCGACGAUUCGCGUAUCUGCGGCGCCUCAAGAUUGCAUUAAUCCGGAUCUGCAACUGCAAGACGCCCAGAUUCUCCACUAUCUCCGGGCCAAAGCUCUGCUGAGAGCACGAGCGCGUCUCUUUCGGGACCAGCUGGCAAAGGGGCGAGCAUGCGCGGCCUCGCAGCCUCAGAACUCGCCUCGGAGUCCCCCUGAUUCGCGUGCAGUUCCGCGGUCCAGCGCGUCCGCCUGGGCGCCUCUCCCUGCCGUCUGUCCCCUUCACGGCGCCGGCCGUCCGGGCGCUCUCGGCGAGUCGAGCGAGGCGGCGGGGGAGAGUCGUCUGCAGCCUCGAGGCGAGGGAGGCCAACAGGAAACGCAUACCCAAGCGCUUCGGAGUAGAUCGGCGUCUCCGAAAGGCAGGUGUGUCGGAAAGCAACGCGUCUUCGAGGCCCCGAACUCAACGCCCAGUUCGGACACGGCAGUGUCUCCUCUGACCUCUCCGGAACCGACUCCUCUCGAUGUCGCCCAAACGAACCCCUCUCCCUGCGCAUCCACGUCUUCUUCCUCUGCCGCUUCUUCCUCGUCUUCCUCUUCUUCGCGUGGCGGCCCCAGUGGUUCGACUCCCGGGGCUUCGGGUGUCUCGUGGUCUUUGGUGGGGCGAGCCGGUCGUUCGUCUGCUCCCUCGAGUGUCUCGGCUUUCCCCGCCGCGGCUGCACUCGCGGAGCGUCUAGGAAAGUGCGCCUUCGACGCCAUCUACGCGUGUCCGAUUUGCAGUCCACUCGGGGAAGUUUGUCCCCCGAGCAGCUUCGCGUACUACUUCCACGACCCUUGUGUGCCCGGCUUCGGCUCGGGAGCCAUCACGACGAGCGCGGCGCUGGCGGACCCGGAGAACGUCGCGUCGCUCGCAGCCGGGAGUCUCCACGCCUCGGCCAGUGGGAAGAACCGCGCGCAAGCGCAGGCGAGAAAAGGCGCCAAGGGUGCGCUCAGCAGUGCAGAACCGUCUCCGAAAGUCAGCCCGGAAACCGCGAAAACGACAGGUUCCGGGGCUGUGGCGACGGGGCAUCGACCCGGCGCGACAGGGGAGAGUCCUGAUCAGCUCGGCGGCAGUCUCGGAGAGGAAGCGCCGGCGAAGGGCGAGAAGAAAGUCGAGAGGGAUGGAGACGCGGGGACGGAGGAAGGGGGAAGGAGAGGAGGGAAAGCCGAGCCGAGAAGCUGUGGGGAAAACGAGGCGGGCCAGCAGUUGGGCGUCAACCCUUUGAAGGCGAUGACGCAAGUCGCGACUGCGUCAGGAGCCGUGAAAGCCGCGAGCGAGGAAGCCCGCGAACACGGCCCCAGGGUGAGCGAAGACGCGCGAGAGGAAAGCAAAGAGCAGCCCGUGCCGACCGACGUCUUCUCCAGUCUGACCGGCGUUGCCAUGGCCGGAGAGCGCGGAGACGACAGAGAGGACGAAAAAGUCGCGAGGGAGAAGGACGGCGACGGUCUCCCGUCGCCGUUCGCAGGCGGCGCAGCCACGAAGAACGGCGUCGACGUCCUGUCCUCAGCAGCGCUUGGUGAACUCGGCGAGAAAGGCGAGGAGGAGCGACACAGAGUGCUGUUGGAAAGAAGCACGGCGAGGCAGAGGAAGCGGGUUCGCGAGUGUUACAGGCGCGGCGGACUGUGCACGCGAGAGGGGUGUGGCUGCUCGACGCUGCCGCCGCUUCUGCGGCUGUGUUGCAGCACGCAAGAACUCCUUCAAAUCGCUCUCGAGGCGAGCCCCGCGGCGACACUCAGAGAACUGUUCGAUGUGGGCAGAGCGGACGCGUUCCGGUGGCUAGUCCUCGAGUACAUUCGUUGUGAGGAUCGUCUCAUUGAGCAGGCAAUGGCGGCUGAACGAGCAGCCCGAGAAGCUGAAGAAGGAAAACCUUCCCCGACCUCUUCCUCUUCUGCAGGUGCGCCGACGAGGCGUUCGCUAGUGGCGAGCCGUCUGCGCGAGCGAUGGGAUUCCGUGAGUUCGAGUUGGGGAGGCAGUGGUACGUCGGCCUCCGCUGACUCGCGGGUCUCUUCUUCUUCUUCCCUGUUUGCGAAGCACAUGCUCUCCUUCGGGGAAGCACUGCUGGGGGGCGAGAGAGACGCGGCGGGGGGAGGGCGCGCCACGGAGCAGGAGACGGAGCGCGUCGCUGCCGAAGGACGUUCUGCGAAGAGAGAGGGAGCUCCCGAAGAUGCAAGGCGUGAGACGUGGGAAGAGGAAUUGGCUGAGGCGAUCCCUGUGACUGUGUUGAAGGACGGACGAGAGCCGUGGGAGGCCAGUGGCAGGUAUUUGCCGGAGUCGCCGGCCGUUCUUGCGACGGAGAGAGCAGCCGAGCAGGACGACAGAGAAGCGAACGCGGAGCCAACCGCAGAGGACGACAUCGCCGUUGGUCUACCUCAAGACGGGAGCGUCUCGCUCCGCCCCCUGCAGUCCCAAAACGCGUGUUUGCAGUGCCACGGCACCGACGAACCGCGCCGCAGCAAGUCUGUUCCGCCGUCGCCAGGCCGCGUGCAGCCUCUCCACGAGGGCGAAAGCCAACCGGAGGGAGAGGCCGAGCGAGGCGACGGAGCGUCGCUGCGCUCCUGUCGGAGCGCAGGUCUCUCCGGAGGAAGCAGUGCACUCGCAAUGCUUGCGAUGCUCGAGCGCUGCCCCCUAGAGAGGCAGUACUCACACAUUUACACGCACUCCCACUCGUGGAAUGGAGACGGCUCUCGCUGCAUGCAGCCGGAAGCCCACGCCCAGCCAGUGCUCGCGCGUCGAGGGUCGCGUCGAAACGGCGGGCACGAAGAGAGAAGCCACACCGGCGUUCGCCUCCACACUGUCCCUCGAUCGCCUUCUGCCGCAGGCUACCUGGGGCCGACCGUUCAGGGAUCAAGUCCGCACGUGCACACACACAUGUGA